UAACUGACGACAAUUCUCUGCCUAGCUUUAUUUGAGCACAACAAUCUGUUGCGAUGUGCCAAAAGUAUAUGUUAAAAAUCAAUAAUCGUCACAUCCCGAAACAUAUUGUCGCUCUGGACUCAGGCCAGAGCCGCUGCUCAUCCAGUUGGAUGGGGAUAGUGCACAGGUUGUGCGUCGGCCCAAGGAUCUUCCCGAGGAGGAGGAGAAACCCUCCGUCGCUCCCCUCGAGGCCACCGUUAUGCUCUGCUCCCCAUCGGGCUUUAUUUCCGAUUCGGGAUCCGGGGACAGGUUCGGCAUCGAGUCCGCCAAUAGGCAGAAAUAUGAGUUAGACCGUUUGGGCAUGACUGUCAGCACAAACGCCGUCGUCAUAACCAAGGAUCAGAGCAACCUGAUUGGAAUUAGCAUUGGAGGUGGAGCCCCCAUGUGCCCAUGUCUUUACAUUGUGCAGAUCUUCGAUGGAACGCCCGCCGCGAGGGAGGGAUCCCUGCAAUCCGGAGACGAACUCUUGGCGGUAAACUCGGUGAGCGUGAAGGGCAAGACGAAGGUAGAGGUGGCCAAAAUGAUCCAGACGGCCACCGACGAGGUGGUCGUGCACUACAACAAGCUGCACGCUGAUCCCGAACAGGGCAAGACCCUGGACAUCAUCCUGAAGAAGCUGAAGCAUCGGAUUGUGGACAAUUUAUCAAGCAACACGGCGGAUACGCUGGGUCUCUCGCGGGCGAUACUCUGCAAUGAUUCGCUGGUCAAGCGACUGGAGGAACUGGAGGGCACUGAACUGAUGUACAAGGGUCUGGUGGAGCAUGCGCGCCGGAUGCUCAAAGCUUACUACGAUCUCCUGCAGACAUACAAGUCCUUUGGCGACUGUUUCACCCAGAUUUCGGUCCACGAACCGCAACAGCGAGCCUCGGAGGCGUUUCGCACCUUUGGGGAGUUCCAUCGCACCUUGGAGAAGGACGGACUGGGUAUUAUCAAGCAGAUAAAGCCAGUUCUAUCCGAUCUGGGUACCUAUCUGAACAAGGCUAUCCCAGACACAAAGCUCACGGUGCGUCGCUAUGCGGAUGCCAAAUUCACAUAUCUCUCGUAUUGCCUGAAAGUCAAGGAAAUGGACGAUGAGGAGCAUGGCUUUGCUGCCCUGCAGGAGCCACUGUAUCGCGUGGAAACCGGAAACUACGAGUACAGAUUGAUUUUGAGAUGUCGCCAGGAUGCACGCAGCAAGUUCGCCAAACUCCGCACCGAUGUUCUCGAGAAAAUGGAGCUGCUGGAAUGCAAACAUGCCAUGGAUCUGAACCAGCAGCUGAGGAGCCUGCUGGAGAGUUUGGCGGAACUCCAUCGCAGCUUGGUGGACCGUCUGGACUCGCUGCCGCCGCUCUUUCCCAUCGAGGUGGACUUCAAGGAGACGGACUUCCAGUACAAGUCGAGCACUCUGAAGCCGCAGGAACUGGACGACGAUGAAAUCGAGGCCAACAAUAAUCCGAAUUCCGCACCUUCUCAAGUCGAUUGCGGUUUUGAGGCUGUUGAGCAGCCGGCGGCCAUAAUUAAUAUGGAGGUCAAGGCAACCGUGGAUUCGUCUGCUUCCCAUUCCACCAGCGAGAACGAAACGCUGCUCAAGGAGCUGGGUCUAUACGAUGUGGAUCUGCUGUCCAAUCCGCAGACCAUUAGCAACCAAAAGGACUCUAUUGCGGCCCAGAACGAUGGAUAUGACUUCGACCUGUUCCUCAACCAGGCGACUGCAGCCACCACCAGUUUGGAGCGAGAUCUCAUGUCCUCGAACGCGGAGGAGAUGGAUCUGCUCUUGCAAUAGGUUUUUUUUAGUACAAAUAUUAUACAUGUGUUAGAUAAAUAUUAAAUGUUUCCAUAUUUAGUGAAGAUAUAAUCACAAGAAGUUUGAAGUCUUGGAAUUCGGAAUUAGGAAAACGGUUAUUUUACGCAUUUCCAAUAAUAUAUUUUUUUUCAGGAAUUUAAUAUUAAUUUAAAAAUGAAGCUUUUUGUGAAUCGGUAAGAAAGGAUUUUUAAAAGUACUGAUACAUUUUGUAAUUUCUGAAGAAUUAUUAUUUGUUUAAUAUUCAAAAUAUUAAUUUUAUGUGUUAAAUAAAUAUUAAAUGUUCCCAUACUUAGUGAAGAUAUAUUCACAAAAAUUUUAAAGUCGUUGAAUUCAUUUAGGAAAUGGUUAUUUUACGCAUGCCUUUUCAUUAAUUUUUUUUCAGUAUUUUAAUAUUGUUUUAAAAAUGAAGCUUUUUUUUGAAUCGGUAGGAAAGGGUUUUUAAGUGCUGAUAAAUUUUUUAAUUUUUGUUUUAUAUUUGAAAUAUUAGUUUUCAAAGAUGGAAAGGUUUUUUAAAUUACUUGGACUUAGCUGAUACUAUUUAUAAGUAAAAUAAUUUCU